AUGGGGCGUCGCUCGCAGCGGCGCGGCCUGAUGAGCCGGAUGGACCGGUAUGAAGAAGAUCCCAACAGUAUGACAGUGGUGAUGGAGUGCAUUGCGACGGAUGCGGCGGUGACGGAUCGGAAACGUGCUGCUCGAUAUGUCGCUACUGUACGACCUGUUAUGGCAGUAGUGCGAUUUGCACGUACCGGUGGGUACGACGCACCGAGCAAUGAAACUAACGAUGACGUACUGGCACUCGAAGAAGACACGCAAAUCUUUGGAAGCGCUCGGGGUGACCGUAUACGAAGUGCUGAAGAAGUCGCCGCGCCAGGUGUGGAGCAGGACUCGAUGACAACAGCGGUAGUCAGAGGCGAUAACAGACGACCAUUACUGGAAGAUACGGCGCAGUGCCGCAACGACCCAAGUGUGACAGAGGCAAGCGCUGCCAGGAAGCUUGUGAAGAAUCAGUGCAAGCGGGAAGGAGUGAAACGAGCCCUGGUCUUUCGAAACGAACCAGGGGACGCCCUAUGA